UAUUUCAUUCUCCUUAUAGUUUCCCUGAAACCCCAAACCUUAACCUCACUAGUUCAAAUGAAAUGGCUGAGGCUUUGAAAACUUUAACGAAUUCAAUCGAUAAGCUUAUAACUCAACUUCAAGAUCAGCAAAGGCCACCAUCUAGAUCUCAGUCUGAAAAUUUUACCCCAUCUACUGUAACAUGUUUUACUUGUGGCCAUACUGGACAUUAUAGUCAAAAUUGUCCUGACCUACCUAAUAAUCAAACUCUGCAAGCCCUAUUGGCAUUAAUGAAUAAUAAUCCAGACAUUUUUAAUAAUGCUAGGGAUCAAACUUUGUAUUUAGGAAUUCCCAAAGAUGAGUCAUUAUUUUUACUGGCAAAAAGGCCUAUUCGUCCUAAGCCUAUAGUAAAUAUGCCGAUUCUUAGAAAAAAGUCAACUGGAAUGAAAACAACUGAUUUAAUCGAUCUUGAAGAAGCAGAGAGUACUAAAGAUCUAGACAUAGAAAUGGAAGAAGUUCAUGAAGAUCAUGAAGGUCAAGAAUUACAAGACCCGGUUACUCAAAAUCAAGACCAAGACCAAGACGAAUCUGCCGAACUACUUGAGGUAAAGAAGGUUGAACCACCUAAAGUAAAUAAAAAAAAAGAAGAUGUAAAA